AUGGAGAUGCAGAAUUCCAACCCCACGAUCCUGAAUGCUGCUGACCUCCCCACGAGAUUGCGUCCCACGGCUCGCAAGCCGGACCAUGUUGGGAUCUUCGCCCUUCCCUCGCUCAGCCCCGAUUUCCUGCCUGAAGCCUCUUCAGACUCGGAAGAUGAGAACCUGCUCGAGGAACCGAUUGAUGAACAAGAGAUUUAUGAUAUCCGUGUCGUUCUUAUCCUUGAUCUCAUCUCUGACCAUGCAGAUCUGAUUGCCACCAUCUCCGACCCCGAACACCCGAUCUCGCUGGGCGAGUUGGCCGUGGUAUCACUUCCGGACAUCUCAAUUAAGCCAACUCUACCCAAUGUCCCUGAUUCUCCUCUCAAAACUGUCACAGUUCUCAUCACCCCGACCAUCACCCACUGCAGUCUGGCUACUGUUAUCGGCCUGGGCGUGCGAGUGCGGCUCGAGCAGUCCCUUCCCCCGCGAUUCCGAGUGGACGUACGCAUCAAGGAGGGAACACACAGCACGGGUGACGAAGUAAAUAAGCAGCUUGCGGAUAAAGAGAGGGUGGCAGCCGCCUUGGAGAAUGGGGCGCUGAUGGGGGUUGUUGCCAAGAUGAUAGAAACCUGCCGAUGA